CGACGAUCGCUGUUGCCCGCCGCUUCGCCAGUCAGCCGCGCGCCACCCGACAAGACUGUUGUACGAGCGGCCCAACGCCUCGACACCUCCGCACGCAGCGGACUAUGCUACAACAGAUGUCCUCGCCGCAGAGCGGGCAACUCGGCGAGGUCACGACUCUCGUGCGCCCCCUCGAAGGCCGCCUGUGCGGCGACGCAUCAUCUGAGGCCUCCUCGGAUGCAGCGGAAGAUUUUGAAUUGCCACAGUCCAAAAUAAAGCGAAACUAUAACUGCACGAAGUGUACAUUUUACACUCAGAACCCACGCUAUUAUCUGCUACAUAUGCGUGACGUUCACUUUGAAAAACUGAAGAUUUAUGACUGUCCUCAUUGUCUUUAUGCUUCGCGACAUCAACAGACGCUAAUGAGACACUUAAAGAUGGUUCAUGAAGCAGCGGGCUCAACGAAGGCAGCGGAACCCUUGCCUUCCACUUCUGAAAAUACAGAUCCUAUUGAAAGGAUGGAAGAAUUACUCGAAGAAGUAGAAGAAUGCGAUGACAUUCUCAUGGAAAUCGAAGAAUGUAAUGAAGAAACCUUAGAGCGUAACUUUGAUUCUGAGUCACAUCUAGGAGACUCCAUAUCUUCGGACCAACCUAUAGAUAAAAAUAAAUUCUUUUCUUGCAACAAAUGCAAUUACGUGACACAUAUUAGAGCAAGAUAUACAAAACACGUCAAGUAUCAUUCUAUGCCAAUGAUAAAGUGUACCAUGUGUGACUUCCGUACGCCUUACAAAUGGAAUUUGGAUCGCCAUAUGAAAAAUCAUGGAGGGAACGGAAGCUUCUACUGUUCCAUGUGUAAUUUCACCGCCGAUAUCAGACAAAGUUUGACAGUUCACGAAAUGAAUCAUCAUACGCCGCCCGUCGGCCAGCUGAGUUCCAAUCGGCGCCGGAACCGGGUGGGGGCAAGCGACGUUGAGGCAACGGAUGGGAGCACUCUCAUUGUAAGAGAGGAAGAAGGAAGCGGUGACUCUCGGUCCUCACACUCUGCAUCGGAAUCAGGUGCUCAAUACAUGGAGAGAGACAUCAUUUGCUGUAACAGUGACUCCAACGAAGCAUUUGCUUCAGAAACACCGACAAAAGAUAAUAUGCAUCUAAGGAAAGAAUUAGAACAGCAAGCUGCUUCAUCAGACGAGGGCAAAAAUCCAAAACAAAGCAGAAAGAUUCCUAGACCCAUCCCGCAGUUAAUACCCCUUAACACUUCAACUCCUACUCAAAACAAGACAAACUCUGGGGAACCACCAGCGAAAAAAAUUAAAGAAUCUGAAAAAACAGAAAAUGUAGCACCGGAAAUAUGUCGAACUUCAGUUAACAACACAGUUUCUAAAGAAAAUACAAAAUCCAAAAAGAACGAAUCAUUUUUCGACAGAUUAAAAGAAAGAUUGCUUACGGAAACCGGCGAGGAAGGGACACUAGUGUGUAAAAAUUGCGGAUUUGAAAGUAAAUGUUUAUCUGAACAUUCUGUCCAUGAAAAAAAUUGUUCCGCACAAUCAAACCGAAUAUCAACCAAUCCUUUGCAUUCAAGUUUAGGAUCAACGCGAUGUCAAAACUGCAGACAUCGAUGCAAAUCGAGUGCAGAUCUUUACAUACAUAUGCAAUCAUGCAAAAAGAAAAAUGAUACUUUAGAAAACACAACAGAAACAUACAACCAAGACAGUAGUGAAACUCCCUCCAUUAAUCUUGAAAAAGAAUCCGAACCCCACCCUAUGGAAAAUGUAGUUUUUGUCUGGAAUAAUAUCAAUCAAAAUAGUAACAAAUUUAAUACACCGUUAGACAUAAGUAUAAAUGAUGAUUCCACGCUUCCAGAACAGGGAACAACUAUAGAGCUAGAUAUAACAGAUGAAAAUGAAGCGAUGAGUUUAUCACCCAGCCAAGCGUAUGGGAAAAAUGUAUUUAAAUGCCCUCAUUGCUUGUUUUGGGCAUCUACAGCUUCUAGAUUCCAUGUCCACAUCGUCGGGCAUCUUAAUAAAAAACCGUUUGAAUGUUCAUUAUGUAAAUAUAAGUCUAACUGGAGAUGGGAUAUUACUAAACAUAUUAAACUUAAAUCCGCUAGAGACCCUGAACACGCGGAUGCUAAGGUUCUUAUGACCGACGAAACUGGGAGGAGAAACUACACCAAAUAUAAUAAAUUUUUAGCAAUGCCAAUGUUAAAUGAAAAUGGGAAAACUGAAUUCCAUUACAUUGAUCAAAGCACUACCAUAGACACAACAUUAGAUGAUGAUUCAUAUGAUAUAAAUGAAAGUACCAACAAUUCUUUUGAUCUACAACCACUCAAUCUACAAACACAGCCAAACGAAUUUAAAUUUGAAAUAGACGGUAGGAUUCAAGAAACUAAGAAGCCUAAAAAAUCUGUGUGGAAAUGUAAAAAAUGUAAUUACAGAGAUUCGUCGAAGGAAGCUCUGUUGGAACAUGUUCGAGAACAUUCGAAGCCAGAAGAAGCUGUAGAGGACGGCAAACUUCACAUAAUCCCUAAUAAAAAGCCGGAAAACACGCCCGACCCUGCUGACUUAGCUUACCGAUGUGGCCAUUGUAAUCAACUAUCUAAUUGGAAACAUGUCAUACAGAGACACUGUCGGCUAAAGCAUGAUGGAGUUAUAAAAGUGAUAACAACAAUAAAACCUAAACCUGAAGCAAACACAUCGACCCCUUCCUCUGCCAAUGACCCAUCUAAUGAUACUUGUACCAAAUGUCCAUACAAAUCAACAGAUAAGAAUACGCUAAUAGCACACUUACAACAACAUCAACCGUCCUCACAAUCAAUAUUCAAAUGUUAUUUCUGUCCGUUCUUUGUAAAAGAUGAACAUGAAUUAAUACAACACCUUGUUCUACAUGGUAUUACUGAUCCAGAAGAAUAUAUAUCAAAAGCUAUGGGUUGCAGAUCACCUUUACCAGAAACUAAUACAUCGGUCAAUUACUGUGGUACCAAACGUCAUAAAUGUACAGAAUGUCCAUACGAAACGAAUAGUAAAUCUCAGUUCAUUUAUCAUGAGCAGUUUCAUCGACUGCCCGCUGAUACCCCUUAUAAAUGUCAAGAGUGUAAUUAUAGCGUCUCAAAAAGACAUUUACUACAUCAACAUAUGAGGGUACAUAGUAUUUUUGCCAAGAAAAGUGAAAUGGACAUUGAAUUAGAAGCCGUCAAUUCUAAUCAAGAAGACAUCAAAACAGACUUCUUUAUAAAUUUUGAUGAAAUCCCCUUCGUAUGGGUCUCAGCAAAGAAUGACUUUCAUAAAAUGUAUAAAUGUCGCUAUUGCUCGUAUGUUAAUUCACAAAAGAGCACAAUACCUAAUCAUGAAAAAAUUCACUGUAUAUUAUUUGAAAACAGUGAUAUAACUAUAUAUAAAUGUCUUGAGUGCAAGUUUACUUGUGACACUAAAAUACGGCUAGCAGAACAUUCCAAGACGCAUGGUGAAAUAUAUGGUCGCAUUUAUUGUCAAGUAGAGCCCGACGUGCCCGACGAAGAACAGAUAGCAAAACUACGGAAAGUUAUAGACAAAGAUAAAAUAAACUCGCUAGACGAAUUACGAAGCGACGAAAAUGUUAUUGAUAUUCAUACUAGAGAUAACAAAGUUUUAUAUUUUUGUCAAAAAUGUCCCUCUAGAUUCUUUUCUGAGAGCGAGUUAAAAGUUCAUGAUAAAUUUCAUGACCUGUCUUUUUGUAACAAAUGCAAGAGUUGUGAAUUUUCGGUACCUCAGGAAAGUGAUAUGACUGCUCAUAAUAUAAGCCAUACCGACGAAUAUAAUACAAAAACAAAAAUGCUCAAAUUUAUUCACAAAAUCCAUUCCAUUUAUAAAGUACCCAAAUUGCAGCUUGUACAUUGUCCGAUAACUUCGGAAAUGACAUGGGUUGUAGCUAAUCCGGGAAACAAUUACAAUAUAAAUGAAAACAACACUAGGAAAUCUACCGAAACAAAGCAUGCACCAAAACAAUACCUUUGCAAAGAAUGUCCUGCGAAAUUUUUUAAGAGUUCAGCAUUAAGUUAUCAUAUGGGUUUACACGGUGGAGAUGGAGACCAUAAAUGCAAAAAAUGUAGUUAUUCUGUAAAGAACAUUGGAAAUCUUGCAAAACAUGAAUUACUUCAUGAAAAUGAACAUAAAGUUUCAACAGUAGAUUAUGAAUCUGGGGAGGAUUUAGACUAUAAAAAUAUUCCCUUGUCUGGAACUGACCUAUUUCAAAGAAAAACUGAAGCCCAGAAAAGAGUGUUAACUGAUAAAGAUAAACUCGUUAAGCCAAACGAUCAUUUUCCUCCAGUACUUCAAGCUGAUCCCCAAUUUGGUUAUUUAAUGCACGGCAAUCCAGAAUUUAUAUAUCCCACCUAUUUAAAGAAUGGACGCCAAAAAGAGAAACGUUACAAAUGCCAUAAAUGUCCAUCGGCUUUCGAAAAGCGCGAGCAAUAUAAAAUCCACUUAUCCCUUCAUGGUUCAAAACAAAGGUAUAAAUGUGAACUUUGUGAUUAUUCCGUUAAAUAUUAUGCUAAUUACGUGCAACAUAUGCGAAAACAUCAAAUGAAUGAUGAAGCUCAAGCUGAAAGAAAAAAAUGUAAUGGUUUUAUUGAAACUGAGAACGACAAAGCAGAGAAUAAACUCGACGACAGCGGUGAUAAUAUAAAACUAGCAAUUAAAACAAUGCCAAAAAGACCACCUAGAAGCGAUUUUCAACAAUUUUCAGUGAGCGAUCAGCAGACACUUCGUUUGUUACAACGUAGGCGUUCUAUGAAUAAUUCAUCUAAAGAUGCUAACACAUCUGACGUUUCGCCAAUAAAAGAUCGUAAAUUGCAUGUAUGUCUACUGUGUCCGUACACAAACCAACGUCAGGACGCGCUUUGGAAUCAUUACAGAAGACACGAUGAAACAGAGCGAUUAUGUUCUGGUAAUCAAAAAUGUUCAUACUGCGAUUUGGUUGUGGUGCAAUCUCAUUUCCUCCGUGAGCACCUAAAAACACAUUUUAACUAUCAGAAGAACCUGACUCCAGAAUGCUUCGUUGCUAACGAAAACGUUAGCUUUACAAUAACCAAAUUAGAUGACAACGAUUUGUCUAGUGAUCUCAAAUUAGAUUCCAUUAAUCAAAGUUUACCAUGUAGUGAUAAUAAAAUAUUUGUUAAAAUUAAAACUGGUGAAGUAUAUGUUGAGUAAUUAUAAAUGAAGUAAAUAGAAAAAGUACCAAAUUGAAAUAAACUGUUGAAAAUGGUUAGUCAAAAUUUUGUAUUAAAACUCAGUGAAGGAGUGUUUGCCAAAGGUUAACUUGCCAUAUAACUUUAUAACAAAUUUAAUUUCUCAAAAUUACAUAAACUGUAAUCUAUAACAUGUUGACUACUAUUAAUAAUCUUAUUAAUUUAUUACCAUUUGCAGACUUUAAAUUUUUAAUUUUACUUUAACAAUGUGUGAGAGAUAUGAUUUGGCGUAUACUUAAUUUAAAUUGUACAUAGAUAAUUUUAAAGAAUGCAACUAUCUCCACAAGAUUGUUAUAUAAUUUUGUCUGGUAUUCCUCUUAGUCUGUAUGUUGCAACAUGGCUAUAAAAUAUUAAAAACCACCAUACUAGUUCUCUUUUGAGUGAGUGAGUAUGAUCUCUUGAAAUUAAUCUAUGGGCACAUAUUAAUAUUUUAUUUACACAUGGAAAUACUUUUUGUAUUACACAGAAUAGGUAUAGUAAAUGAAUGUACAUGUAUAAAUAAUAUAUAACUAUCAGAUUGUUAUCCAUUAGUUAUAACGCAAUGAUGCGAUAGAAAAAAUAUAAAUCGGCGGUAAAAUUAUUGGAAUAAGUAGUGUAUUCUUUCAUUAACAUUUAAAAUAUAAUUAAAAUCCAUAAAUAUAGUGUUUUUAUGUGGUUCGUAAACUAGUUAACAAAAUCCACUCAAUAGAAGACGAAUUAAAAAAAAGAUUCUUUCAAACUCAGAGCUCACAAGAUAUAAUAGCGAUAAUUUUAUACUAAUAAAAAAUAAUUAAGAUUAUAGUGUUGUUGAAUUUGCGAUAAAGUAAUAAAAUUGAGAUGUUUUAAAUAUUUUUUUAUAUAACAAAACAAACGUUUUUGCUAUUAAUUUUAUAUAAUCCUGCUUUGUACUUAUCAGACAAAAUAAUGUGAACUACUGUCUCAACGUAUUUAUACAUGUGUUUACAAUAAGAGUUAUCAUUGCAUAAGAACCAUUAUUUAUGUCCUAUAGGACUCAUUCCUGUUGUUGUGAGUUGUAAAAUAUAAUUAUACUAUACAUUGUGAUAAGCAUUUGUAGUUUAAGUGUGUAUACCCUUGAAGGUGGUUAAGUGAAUUUAAGAAAUAAAAAGAAAUCAUGACUUAA